AUGGGGCACUCUACAGCACCCAAAAUAGGAUCCCAUGAUGAUCAUCCGGGCGGAGAGUCCGAAUCGACGGAAUAUCUCCGGCAGCUGUUUUCUGAGAGGAUUGUUUUGCUCGAUGGCGGUAUGGGCACAAGGAUACAAGCGGAUCGGCUGCAGGAGGAGGAUUUCCGUGGUGAGAUAUUGAAGGAUCACCCCAAGGAGCUGAAGGGCGACAACGAUCUUCUCUGUUUGACGCGGCCGGAUCUCGUAGUCAAGAUCCAUAAAGAGUAUCUUCAUGCGGGUGCGGAUCUGAUAGAAACGAAUACCUUCAACGGAACUACCAUAUCCCAGGCGGAGUACCAAUGCGAGAGCCUGGUUCGGGAUCUCAAUUUCCAGGCAGCCAUGUUGGCCAAGCAGGCGUGUCGGGAAGUGGAGGCCGAGACGGGUCGACGACGACUAGUGGCGGGAGCGAUCGGGCCUACUAGCAGGACUCUGAGUGUGUCACCAAGUGUGGAGGAUUCCAGUUAUAGGAAUGUGACUUGGAAUGAACUUGUGAAGGCUUAUUACGAACAGGUUGAUGCGUUGGUAGCAGGCGGGUCUGAUGUUCUGCUGGUAGAGACCAUAUUCGAUACACUCAACGCGAAGGCAGCACUGUUCGCUAUUGAUUGCUACUACGAGGACCAUCCUCGAGAGUCGCGCCUCCCUACCAUUAUAUCGGCGACUAUUGUGGACCAAAGUGGACGUACUUUGUCCGGGCAGACUAUUGACGCCUUCUUAGUUUCUGUCAUGCAUGCUCGACCACUCUGCGUUGGCAUCAACUGUGCCUUGGGAGCAGCUCAGAUGCGGCCUUUUUUCGAGACCCUGGCCAAGCUGGCUCCAGUAUACGUUCAUGUAUACCCUAAUGCGGGCCUACCAAAUGCCAUGGGUGGUUAUGACGAAACACCUGAGUCAUUCGGAGAGUCCUUGGUCCUCUACGCGCAAGAUCAUCUCAUUAAUAUGGUUGGCGGCUGCUGCGGUACCUUCCCGGCCCACAUUCAGGCCGUUCAUGAGCGUCUCAAAAGUUUUCCUCCGAGGCCGCUGCAUGUCCGGCGCGACCCUGUGAUGAGGCUCUCUGGGCUGGAGCCGCUGUACCUCACGCCUGAGUUGGGAUUUGUCAACGUAGGGGAGAGAUGCAAUUUGAUGGGGAGUCUGCGGUUCAAGAAGAUGGUCGAGCAAAGUCGAUGGGAUGAUGCCUUGGAAGUUGCCAAGGAACAGGUCGAGAAUGGCGCCCAGGUCUUGGACUUCAAUUUUGAUGCGGACCUCAUCGAUGGGCAGCUGGCCAUGGGCAGGUUCAUGAGGUCAUGUGUUACUGAGCCCGCGAUAGCACGUGUUCCGUUCAUGAUUGAUAGCUCGAAGUUCAAGGUGAUCGAGGAGGGUCUUCAAGCAGUCCAAGGGAGAUGUAUAGUCAACUCGCUUUCCCUCAAGGUCGGCGAGGAAGACUUCAUCUACCAUGCCAGGCUGGUACGGAAGUAUGGUGCAGCUCUCGUGUGCAUGGCCUUCGAUGAGGAAGGACAGGCAGCGACUUUCGACGACAAGAUUCGUAUAUGUGAGCGGACAUACAAGAUCCUGACUACCAAGUGCGGGUAUGAAGGCCACGAUAUAAUUUUCGACUGCAACAUUCUGACCAUUGCCACUGGGAUGGAAGAGCAUAACAAUUACGGCAAGGAUUUCAUCGAUGCUGUGGAGAUAGUACGGCAGAAAUGCCCGGGGUGCUAUACUAGCGGCGGUUUGUCGAAUCUAUCAUUCUCAUUCCGAGGCCUCAACGAGCUCCGCGAAGCCAUGCAUUCCGUGUUCUUGUAUCAUGCUAUCCCGAAGGGCCUAAGCAUGGCUAUAGUAAAUGCAGGGGCUCUGCCGAUUUACACUGACAUACCUGAGGAUAUGCGACAGCUCUUGGAAGAUGUGGUAAUGAACGUGAGUCCUGAGGCCACAGAGAAGUUAUUGGAGUUCGCCAGUGAAUUGAAAGAGAAGAAGGCUCAGAAGGGUGGCGCCAGUGGAGUGGUCAAAGCGGUCGAAGAAUGGAGGACGGAAGGAGUCGAGAAACGACUUGAGCACAGCCUUGUGAAGGGCAUCGAUAAGUUCAUCGUUGAUGACGUACAGGAAUGUUUGGAUGGGUUGCAGCUGAGGCCCUUGGAGGUGAUCGAAGGACCGCUGAUGGCGGGUAUGUCCGUAGUGGGAGACUUGUUCGGGUCCGGGAAAAUGUUUUUACCACAAGUUAUCAAGUCGGCUAGGGUGAUGAAGAAGGCUGUAGCACACUUGGUGCCCAUCAUGGAGACGGAGAACAGGCGGAAAGCCCUGGAGGAGGGGCUAGAUCCUGACCGUCCCAACUGGGCCGGCACAGUCCUCUUGGCAACCGUCAAAGGUGAUGUUCAUGAUAUUGGCAAGAACAUCGUGGGUGUAGUUCUGGGAUGCAAUAACUUCAGGGUCAUCGAUCUUGGUGUUAUGGUACCCUGUGAUCAAAUACUCAAGAGGGCUAGGGAGGAGAAGGCAGAUGUCAUUGGCCUCAGCGGUCUGAUCACACCCAGCCUCGACGAGAUGGUGUUUGUCGCACAACAGAUGCGUAAGGAGAGCAUGGACGUCCCACUGCUGAUCGGAGGCGCCACGACCAGCCGAAAACACACAGCAGUGAAAAUAUGGCCGCAAUAUGAGGCCAGUGUUGUUCACGUAUUGGAUGCGAGCCGGAGUGUGGUAGUUGUGAACAGUCUCAUCCAGAACCCAGAGAGACGGAUUGAAUAUAUGGAAGACAUCAAAGAGGAGUACGACGGACUAAGAGAGGACUACUACAGCACACUAGUUGACAAGAGGUGGUUGUCCUUGGAUGAGGCUCGGAAAAUGAGAUAUACCAUUGACUUUGAGAAGUACCCUCCACCUCCUGCACCUAGGAGGUUGGGCAACAAGUAUCUGGACGAGUACCCUUUGGAGGAGCUUGUCGAAUAUAUCGAUUGGACACCAUUCUUCCAGGUGUAUCAGUUGAGGGGAAGAUACCCGAAUAAGGACUACCCCAAGAUAUUCAACGACAAGAGAGUUGGAGAGGAGGCCAAGAAGCUGUUUGAUGACGCCCAGGCAAGAACGGCGAGGAUACGUGUCGUUGAGUGGAUUACCGCGACGGCUGUGGUUGGAGUCUACCGUGCGUGUAGCUCUGGUGAUGAUAUCAAUGUGCUGUCCCUGGACGGUUCUGGAGAGGUUCUCGAGACCUUCUAUGGCAUUCGACAACAGCUGGACACAGAACAAGACCAAACCUUCGCGUUGGGUGACUUCAUCGCUCCUGAGGCUUCUGGCCUCCCAGAUCAUAUCGCCCUCUUCUGCUGCCAAGCCGGGAUCGGUGUUGAAGAGCGAAAGAAAAUGUACAAUGCCACUCAUGAUAUCGACAAGUCCAUUAUGCUGGAGGCCUUGGCAGAUCGACUGGCAGAAGCGUUCGCUGAGCUUAUUCACCACAAGAUUAGGACGGAUCCUGACUUCUGGGGCUAUGUGCCCGAGGAGAAGCUGACCCUCUCUGAUAUGCUCAAGGUGAAAUAUGUGGGAAUACGGCCGGCCCCUGGUUACCCUACGCAACCGGAUCAUCGAGAGAAGGAUACGCUUUGGCGUUUGCUCGAUGCUGAAAAGCUGUCAGGGGGUAAGAUGGUCCUGACGGAAUCCCUGAUGAUGAUGCCAGCAGCCAGUGUAUGCGCCCUGUGCUUCGCGCAUGAAAAGGCUAAGUACUUUGCAGUCGGACAAAUCAAUAAGGACCAAGUUGCAGACUAUUCGGCUCGUCGUGGGUGCACAGUGGAGGACUCCGAACGUUGGCUGGGCUCGUCGACCCUUGGCUAUGAGCCCCAAUCUCAAUAG